AUGUCUGACGAAGAAGAUGAAUUAAGUGAGGAAGAACAAUCCGAUAAUCUAGGUACGUAUGAAGGUGAUCGAAACGAGAAUGACGAACGACAUGGUUUCGGUAAAGCAACAUUACCGAAUGGAGACACCUAUGAAGGACAGUAUGAAAACGGCAAAAGACAUGGAACUGGAACAUAUCGAUUUUCCAAUGGUGCUCGUUAUAUAGGUGAGUUUGAAGUUCUUCGGUCAUUUCUUGAAACUGUUUGCCCUUUCAAAUCAGGCGAAUAUCAAAAACACAAACGUCACGGACGAGGCACAUUUCACUAUCCCGAUGGUUCGAAAUACGAUGGCGAGUGGAAUGAAAACAUCCGUGAAGGUCAUGGAACUUAUACAUAUCCGAAUAAUGACACUUAUGAAGGUGAAUGGAAGAAUAACCAGCGAUAUGGAAAGGGAACGUAUACAUAUGCAAGAACAAAAGCACAGUAUGUUGGCACAUGGAUAGAAGGCAAACGACAAGGGCCUGGCGAAAUGCAAUUUGCUCAAUAUAGAUAUAUAGGAAAAUUUCAUGAAAAUUACCCAAAAGGAAAAGGCAGAUUUGUUUUCAAAAAUGGUUAUCAACAGAACGGAGAAUACUACAUCACGACAAUCAACGAUGAAGAAGAUUCGGAAGGACCAACUCAAGUUCAGUACAAAUGGAUAGCAAAGAACGUUACGGCAAUUCAACAAGAAGUGCCUUAUGUCGAUGCAAACGAUGAACUCGUUGAUACCAAUCGAAUCGAAGAACCAGAUGAAGCACAACCGAUGCAUGUAGUACCUGAUACUGAACAGUUGGAGAGCGUUGAAACUCAACAAGUGAAUGAUGGUAACACAAUAAAGUUCCUGGUGAAGAACAGUCUGUUGAAGAUGAUCGAAAUUGAUUAUUUGAUUUUUUUGUAUAAAGUUUAA